UCUCGGGAUGGAUACGAAGCGUCGGACUCCUCGGACGGGGCGCACAACUUCGUCGCGGGCGUCCUGGACGGGCACGGCGUCGCGGGCGCCAAGGUGAGCUCGUUCGUUUGUGCGAAGAUAUCGUCCGAGAUGAAAGCGAAAUCGAAGAGCUCUGGCCGAAUCUCCGCCGCCACGGUGGCAUCCAACCUCACGGACGCGUUCGCGGCGGCGCAAAAGUCUCUGCUCCGGGCGCACGGCGCGGAUUGCGCGGAGAGCGGGUCCACCUGCGUGGUGUGCGUCAGGGAAGGGGACAACUUGAUCGUCGCCAACGUCGGGGACUCGCGGUGCGUCCUGGGUCGUCGUUCAAACACGAAGGCGCACUCGUACGUCGCGGUCGACCUCAGCGUCGACCACAAGCCCGACCGGCCGGACGAGGCGUCUCGAAUCGCCCGCGCCGGCGGCGUCGUCGAACCCGCGCGGGGUUUGCACGGCUACGCGGGGCCCGCGCGGGUGUGGCGCCGGAUCCCUCGCGCCGGCGGUUUAGCCGUGUCUCGAGCCUUUGGCGAUUCGCAAUUACACUCGGCGGGCGUCGUCGCGAUCCCGGAGAUUAAAACGCUCGGAGUAACGCCAAAUGACGCGUUCGUGGUGUUGGCGUCGGACGGAGUGUGGGACCACGUGUCGUCCGCCGAGGCG